AAAGCAACUGUCAUUUUUGACAGGAAGUCGAACCCUUCGUGUCUGUUUUUGCCCACGGUGCUGCAUCAAAAAUGCACCAGAUUGUGACUGUAAGGAUUUUCCUCCUGCUGUUAUAUGGAGGAUUUGUCUGCUCCAAGGAGGAAUGUAUAAAAACCGCCGUGACUUCCUGUGACGACUGCAUUAAAUCUGGGCCGGGUUGCGCCUGGUGUACAGACCUGAAUUUCAUCAAACCUGGAGAGCUGGAGGCAGUACGAUGUGACACGAAAGAAGAACUGAUUAAAAAACACUGUCCAGAGGUGAACAUCAUGAGCCCACCCAGCAAAAAACGCGUCAUUACUGACAAUCAACUGUCAGCAAAGGGAACAAUAGUCCAGCUUCAGCCACAGGAGAUCAAUGUGGAGCUACGACCAGGUGAAGCCCACACAUUCCAGAUGAAGUUUAAGAGAGCUGAGGGUUACCCCGUGGAUCUCUACUAUCUGAUGGAUUUGUCGUACUCGAUGGAAGAUGAUUUGAAGAAUGUGAAGAACCUGGGAAUUGAAAUACUUAAUAAAUUAAACGGUAUUACUGGGAAUGCGAGAAUCGGGUUUGGCUCGUUCGUUGAUAAGACUCUCCUUCCAUUCACGGACACGAGCCCGGAGAAGCUGAAGAAGCCCUGUCCACCCAAAGAGCAGGAAUGUCAGCCACCGUUUGGCUAUCGGCACGUCCUCAAGCUGACAAACAACGCGGUUCAGUUUGAGGAUAUGGUUUCUCUGCAGAAGAUAUCUGGCAACCUGGACACGCCCGAGGGAGGUCUGGAUGCCAUCAUGCAAGCUGCGACCUGUGUGGACAAGAUCGGCUGGGGCAACAGCACACGCCUGCUGGUGCUGGCCACUGACGCCGGCUUCCACAUGGCAGGAGAUGGAAAGCUCGCUGGCAUUCUUGAACCUAACCAAGAAAGUUGUCAGCUGGAUGCCAGUAACCUGUAUGCCAGCAGCAGCACUUGGGACUACCCGUCCGUCGGACAGAUAGCUAGAAAGUUGGAGGAACAAAACAUACAGCCUAUUUUUGCUGUUACUGAAGAUGUGGCUGACGUGUACAGAGAGCUGAGUAAACUAAUCCCUAAAUCUGACGUCGGCGUGCUGAGUAAAGAUUCGGGCAAUGUUGUAAAUCUAAUCGUCAGCGCGUAUAAUAAACUGUCCUCAAAUAUCAUCGUGAACCACGAUGUCCUGCCAGAAGACAUAUCGGUGACGUUCACCUCCAACUGUGUGGGUGGAGACAAGCCUAGCGAUAAGGGAACAUGCAAUAACGUUAACAUUGGACAGGAGGUGAUUUUUGAUGUAACUGUAAAAGCAGCAACAUGCAUAAAGGGCCAAAAGAGCUUCAACAUCGGUCCUUUGGGGUUCAAUGAAAAAAUGAAGGUUAAUGUUAAUACACUCUGUGACUGUAAGUGUGAUGAGGCAGUAACGGGGUCCCAUGUUCACUGUAAUAAUCACGGCAAAGUCGUCUGUGGGAUAUGCAGUUGUGAGACGAACUUUCUUGGACAGCGCUGUGAGUGUAGCUUAGGCCAAAAAGACGAGACCUCACUGAAGGCCCAGUGCAGGAAAGAUAACGGGACGGAGUGUGAGGGACGUGGAGACUGCGAGUGUGGAGUGUGCAAGUGUCACCUAACCGAGGGAGGAAACUCUUACUACGGUACUCACUGUGAAUGUGACGACGAGCACUGUGAGAAGUACCAGAACAUGCUGUGUGGAGGUAAUGGGCAGUGCCGCUGUGGCACAUGCAGGUGUUCCGAUGGUUUCGAGGGAACGGCCUGCCAGUGCAAGACAAUGACCGACAGUUGUGAGACGGGUGAAACCUUGUGCCAUGGGCGCGGCAAAUGUCGGUGCAAUCAGUGUGAUUGUGAGAGGGGAUAUAAACCGCCCAAAUGUGAGUUUUGCCCCACUUGCAUUCCUCCGUGCCAAAAACAUGGGAGUUGUAUUGAAUGUCUGGGUUUUGGGACGGGACCCUUCGAGAAGAAUUGCUCCAAAUCCUGCUCCCACCUGAUCGCUCAGACAGUGGAUAAACUGAUCAAGAGUGACUGUCAGGUGAAGAACCAUAUGGGCUGCAGGAUGUUCUUCACCAUGACCGAGCAGGAUGGAUUUGACAAGUAUUACGUCAAGAUUCUUAAGGACGUAGAAUGCCCAGAGGGUCCGAACGUGGCAGCCAUUGUGGGUGGAUCUUUGGCUGGUGUGGCGCUGAUUGGACUUCUACUCCUCAUGAUCAUCAAGGGAAUCUUUUAUGUGAAAGACCUUAAGGAGUGGAGGAAGUUUGAGAAGGAAAUGCAGCGCUCAAAAUGGGCUAACAGUGAUAAUCCACUGUUUAAGAAAGCAACUACAACCGUGGCUAAUCCAGCAUUUACCGGAGACUCCUAGAGCAUCGUUAAACAAGCCUACAGGAAAUGCAUCCAUCGCCCUGUUACACAGAUUAUCAAUCAAUUCCACAAGGACUUUAAACAACCGAGGGCGGUAAUAAGUACUUGGUAUCUUGUGAUGCCUCUCGGGGGCCGAUUUAGGAACCUUUAGGGUUUUAAAAUGUGAUUUGCUUUGUUAAUGUUCUGUUUUCAUUCUUAGUUUAUUCAUUUAUGGGACAGUGGUAGCCUAGUAGGUAGAGCUUUGGGCUAUCAACUGAAAGGUUGAGAGUUUGAAUCCCAGCUCUGUUGCACAGCCACUGUUGGGCCCUUGAGCAAGGCCCUAAACCCUCUUAGCUCCAGGGGCGGCGUACACUGGCUGACCCUGCGCUUUGACCCCAGCUUCCAAACAAGCUAGGAUACGCGAAGAAAGAAUUAAGUUGUACUGUACAUCUCUAUAUGUAUAUAUGGCAAAUAAAGGCAUUCUAUUCUA